CGCGGCUAUAAAAGAGGGCGACGGCGAUCAAUCAGCUUAGAGAGCCUCAUAAUGAAGAGCCUGACGUUAUUGGCGCUUUUGAUCUUGGCCACGUUGGCCUUUGUCCACGGUGGCAAGGUGACCAUCAAUGGCAAGUGCGUGAACUGCUCCCAUGAUCAAACGACUACCACCACGCACAAGCCGACAAGUGGAAAAGGAAGUGGAGGUAGGACCACAGCCAGGCCCAGCUCGAGAUCACCUCCAUCCCGCGGUCGCCCAUCAUGGGAUGACGAUGAUGAUGAUGCUGACCUGGCCGGUGGCUGGUCACUGCAUCAAUCGGCUGGAGGAACUCAAUACAUUGGCAGGCGUUCGAAGCGUCAGUCGCGCGGUGGUCAGUACAUCGAUUUGGGCGGAUCUGCCGGAAGGGGUGGAGGCGGAGGCUGGGCAGGAUCUGGCAUAACCACCAUCGAUUCCAGUGGCUAUCCCGGCGGAACCCUGGUGCGCAACAGUGAUUGCGUCGGUUGCAAUAUACGCGGAUAAAGUCAAUAAAUUAUUGAGACACUAA